UCAGACAAAGCCGAUAACAUGAAUACUGCAGUAUUCGGUCUCAUAGUUAUUCUUGCAACCAAAACGGGUUCUCUUCUAUCAACACGCGAAAACGUACUUCAAGAUACCGACCAUGGAGUUUUUCUACGAAAAUUGCAAACAACAAUUCGAAGUGAUCCAGAUGAAGAAGCAAAAUCUUUGUCAUGGAGUGAAAUUUUAGCUGAUAUCUUAGUUAAUAAAAUUGGUCUAUCGAAAAUUCUACCAGAAGAGAAUGAGCAAGUUGCAGAAAAUAAUACACAAAACAAUGUGCUUACUAAAAUAUGCAGCGUCGUACUAAAUGUGUAUAAACAUUUCAUUUACGACAAAUACUUUCAAAAGCCAGCUGAAGAUGUACCAACUUCAAGUAAAAGCGAAGUUACGGAGAAGAAUAUUGAACUACAGGAACUGGAAUCGAAUACUCCAGGAGAUAACGAUUUUGAUGUGAUUACAAUAAACCCGGACGUGGAAAUAAUCGAACCUAAAUAUCAUGGGAAAUUAUGUAGCGAUUGCGAUAAUCAUAACGUCGUAAAGAAAGAAGUUGAACAAAAAAUUAUUUGUCCAGAAGGUCUUGUUAAGGAUACCAAUGGGAAUUGUGUGGAUCCAAAAUCAUUGAAUUAUAUGAUCUCUAUCCCUUAUCAAUGUCCUAUUGGCUACAGGCUUACUUGGUCUGGAUAUUGUAGACCGAUAUUUUAAAAUUGCAAUUUUUUAAAAGGCAUAAAUCAAUAAUUACCCAAAGAGGUAGGCGGAGAUCACAACCCCCAUUUGCUGCGAUCCUGACAUCUAAAUUCAUGUGUGCAUGCAAUUGGUUUCGGGUCCUCUUGAUGCCGCCCUUCUUGAGUAUUUAAUCUGGAUACAUCUAUUAAAGAAAAUUAUUAUUCAUUUGGAGAAAAUACAGUUAUCUUAAAACUACAAAAGACUGUGUUAAUAAUAUUAAUGUCUUAUUGAUAGUGAUUCUUGUGUUAUUUAACUU